AAAGGGAGUUAUUUUGAGAAGAAGUUGGACAAUACUGACUACUUUGUAUCAGCAUCGUUCAGAAGAUGCCAGGUCAAAAUUGUGAUUGCUUGCCACUACUACAACUACAAGAAACAAGCCUCGACGAUUUGCGAUGCAUAUUGAACCGGCGGCAAGAUGCAACUACGGCGUGGAUCGACACAUUCGGGAGAGCACCGUUGCAAGAAGCAUGUACUUGCAGUCGAUUGGAGAUCAUCAAGAAGCUACUAUUGGACGAAAUGACGAGGCGUGGCCAAAUGCAAGAUCCUUAUUGUCAGAGUUUAGCUCUCGAUAUUGCUGCUGGUAAUGGCAAUUUGAAGACUGUUAAGAAAUUGUUCGAAACAUAUCCCGGACUGGUUGAGCAAAUGAAUUUAGCUCCCUAUGGGCUAGCUCUACCGGUUGUGCGGGCAUCAAAUGCAGGACAUGGAGAGCUCACUCGCUACCUUUAUGAGAAAACAUCUCGUGAAAUUCUGAUGGAUAAUGAAGGAUAUUGGGCUAAAUGUCUCCUUCUUGAUGCCAUAUUUUUUGGAUUUCUCGACAUUGCGUUGGCCAUCUUCGACGAAGUCCCGCCUGUGGCCGUGGUACAAAGGCCGUCUCCACUUAGGUUCUUAGCUUUGAAACCUGACUUCUUUCGUAGCCACUGCGAUCUUGGAUUUUGGCGAGGCCGUGUCUAUUCUUGGAUAGGCGACUUGGAUUUUCCACCUGAUCAGUCUAAGACUUGGAAACCAAGCCGUUACCAACGAAUCAUGGAGAUAUAUGUGCUAAAAGAUAGACAUUCUAAAGCGGAUUCAUUGCUAAAAAUAAUGUGCAAAGCACUAGCAGAUUUGGAAAAGGACGAGAGCUGGAAAGAGACGGUCUAUGACGCACUACUUGUAGCUGUGGAGAAUGGGAACAAGGAAUUUUUCAUGGAGAUAAUCAAAUGCAACCCUGAACUUGUUUGGAUCUCUCAAGCUGACUCUGGUCGAAACCUAUUUCAGCUGGCCGUUGAAUUCAGGAAAGAGAAGAUCUUUAACCUCAUAUAUGGUUUAGAUGAUAGAAAGGUCACGCUGCUUAGAUCUCGUGACAAAGACAACAACAACAUUCUCCAUAUCGCCGCUUAUCUAUCUCCUCGACCUGAACACCUCUCUAAGAUAUCUGGAUCUGCCCUCAAGAUGCAAAGAGAGGCUCAGUGGUAUGAGGUAGUAAAGAGCUUGGUAUCAGAACGUGAAGUAGUGCAAAGAAACAACAAGAAGAUGACCCCACGACAAGUAUUUGAAGCGACUCACGAAACCCUACGAAAAGAAGGAGAAGAAUGGAUGAAAUACACAGCCACGGCUUGUAGCUUCGUGGCCGCUCUCAUUGCAACUGUCACUUUUCAAGCCGUAUUCACUGUUCCUGGAGGUUAUGAUGAGAUUUUGGGUAAGCCUCUUCUUCUUAGAGACUUACAUUUCACGGCGUUCAUCAUAGUAGACACUCUCUCCUUCUUCGCCUCCUGCAUCUCUGUGCUCAUAUUCCUCAGCAUUCUCACCGCAAGAUACUCUUUUGACGACUUUAUUGUAUCACUUCCUAGAAUGAUGAUAUUAGGUCUCACCAUUCUAUUCAUCUCCAUCGCCUCUAUGCUUGUUGCAUUCAUCACUGCGGUUUCCGCAUCGAUGCGACAAAGGCCAAAGCUUGUAAUCCCACUGAAGCCACUCGCCUCCUUCCCUGCCCUUCUCUUCUUGAUGUUUCAGUUUCCUCUUCUCAAGGAGAUGAUUUCUUCCACGUAUGGCAAAGGACUCUUCCGCCGCGACACAAAAAGUUGGUUAUUAUCCGAGAAUAUUCAACUACGUGACUUCUUUAUAUGAAGGAUCACACAGUCACUAAUCAAUUGACAGAGAUAAUCAAGCUUCCUCCCUUGCUCUCUCAACGGCUAGAAAACAAUUUUAUAUGCUUUAUUGCAUAUUCUAAAUAUCUUACUUGUGUAUUACUAGCUCUAGGUUACUAAUGUCUUGUUAUUCAAAAAUGUUUAAUUAUCAUUGUUAUGUUUGUUCUGUUAAAAUCUAAUGUUACUGUUCUGGGAUAAUAAAUUCCUUGAAGUUCU